AAAAUGGAUCGUAACAGCGUGCUCUCUCUCGCAUUGAUCUGCAUUGUGGUCGCCGGCGUCGGAGGCCAGUCACCGGCUGCUUCCCCGUCUAACUCACCGGCAACUCCAGCUGCAGCCACUCCAGUUUCAUCACCGGUCCAAGCCCCUUCCAAACCAACAUCACCAGCUCCUGUUGCUUCUCCCAAAUCAGCUCCUCCAGCUUCAUCUCCGACCAAAGCUGCAGCGCCUGCUCCGGCGACGACAACACCUCCUACAUCUUCUCCACCGGCGGCGACACCUCCUGCAUCGUCUCCACCGGCGGCGACACCAGUGAGCUCCCCACCAGCAAAAGUUCCGGUCAGUUCUCCACCUGCUCCUGUUCCAGUGAGCUCACCCCCAGCGAAAUCUCCCCCUGCACCUGCGCCAACAACUGUUCCGGCGAGUUCUCCUCCCGCACCCGUGGCGGCGCCAACCACCCCUGAGGCUCCAGCUCCGGCUCCGAGCAAAUCAAAGAAGACGAAGAAGGGUAAGAAACCGGGUGCACCAGCACCAUCACCAUUGCUAGGUCCUCCAGCACCACCAACAGGAGCUCCUGGACCCAGCGAAGAUGCAUCUUCACCUGGUCCAGCAUCUUCUUCAAACGAUGAGAGUGGAGCUGAGACUAUCAGGUGCUUGAAGAUGCUGGGAUCUUUAGCUUUGGGCUGUGUUAGCCUUGUUUUGUUCCUCUAGAGAGACAGACUUCGUUGCUGUUAUUAUAUUCUUGUAUUAUUUCUUCUUUCUUAUUCUUCUUUGGCCCUGUUAUGGGUACCCAUUACAUUAAUUUACAUUGUUACCUUCAGACUACAAUUAUUUAUUAAUGUUUUUAUUAUUACCCUUUACCAGUGUUUGGUCUUUUUCGUUCGAUUUGGUUUUACAUUACUCGUUGUGACUGCUAGAAGUGUACACAGGGAACACCGGUACAUCCAUUUGUUC